AUGGAGACGGACAGCGCUCAGAUGUCUGCCAGCGCCGCUUGGCACACGAGCUCGCGGCGCAGUGAGCGCGAGCAUGGGAGUGUUCUGGUUGAGGCUCUCUUUGCCAACCUUUCCUCCCUGGCCUUGUCAAGUUCUUUGAGCAUCGGCCAGAAUGCCAGCGACUCCCUCAAUAAGAUGGAGUCCUUGCUCCUGAGCCUGGGGCGUCAGCCGACAACAGACAGCAACAUGGUGGAGACUGCAACCAUGAUCGGCAGAAUUCUCGAAGACAGCAUGAAGGCAACCAUACGAACGCAGCUGGCGCUGCAGCAAAAGAGCCUGGAAACUGCCGUGGGGACCAUCAGUGCGUGCGCUUCACACCUCAAGUACGAUGAAGCCAAAGUGCUUCGAGAGCAGCUUCCGGCUCUUGCCGCGGCACACCAAGACUGCCGAAAGGAGGAGGGCAUCGGAGCCCAGUCCGUCGAGGAAUGCGAGGAAUCCCUUGCAGAGCACAAGACAUCCCAUGCCACAGCGCGCAUUGACUGCGACGCAGUCGUUGAUUAUCCAGCUGGAGGUCGCGGGCUUUGUAACAACCGGGUAGGCAGCGUUGCCGACCACUACCGCAACCUCCACACUUUCUGGGAUGAAUACCUCAAGUGGUAUGAUGGUAACAUGACCAUCUGCAAUGCCCUUCAGGCAAAGGUGGAGAGCACCACCGCCAACUGUUCCAAUCUAUCCGUGGCUCAUGAUGCGCAGCGCCGGAAAUGCAACGCCCGGCAAGCACAGCUGGAUACCACAUCUUGUGGUUUUGUGACCAACGCAGAGAACGGCUGUGCAGCCUACUCACGGUGUUACGACCAGACGCUGGCAAGUUUCAUCACCCUGAACUCAACCGUCGCUGAGGAGGAGCGAACUUUGCGGCAGGAAUGGCGCGCCGUGCUGCGCAUCGAGUGUCUCCUCAAAGCGCUCUUGAGUGACAACAAGAACGCGGCCAUCGACCGCUGCAUAGGGCGGGUGCACAGCCUCGAUGAGAUCAGUGUCGAUUACUCGCCAGUUCCCAGGCCACUUAACGAAACGUAUCCGCACGAUACGUUGUGCAAGAAUCUGACUGAGUACGUGCCUGUCACUGAAGCUUAUGCCAAGCGAUGGUACGAUGGCCUGCCAUCUUCGGCUCAGGAAGAGUCUCGCAUCGUGCGCUUCUGCCCUUCGAAGAGCGGCGGCCCUCACCACCAGGCCCAGGCGAUGCAGCAUGCCUGCAAAGGGAAGGUCGUAGUGCCGACCAGAUCUCAGGUGAGCUUCAGCAGCUCCAGUGUGGCCCAGCCCGGCCCUGGCCUUGAUGCGGAGACGUCCUGGGCCCCUGCAGAGGCGCGUGCCGGGGAGUUUCUCACGGUGGACCUCGGCGAGGAGGUGCGAGUGGGUGGCACCUAUGUUCAAGGAGGUUCUCUGGAACGCAGGUGCUUGGACAGCUGGGUGACAACAUACAUGGUCCAGUACAGCGUGAAUGGCUCCUAUUCCAGCCUGCCGGAGGCACUGCGAGGUAGCCAUGACUGCUCGGCCAAGGUUGGCACACGCUUCGACGUGCCACUGCAAGCACGCUUCCUGCGAUUCGUUAUGGUGUGCCAGGACAGCAUGUGGCGAAGUAAAGACACGGCAGAGGAGGACUGGGAGACGAUCGAGCGGGUCUUGGCGGCCAAGGAAGCCGAGCUGCUGCAGCAGGAAGGUUCCAGCCUCGAGGACAGCCAUGUGAGUGGCUACAGGUACGUGCCAACGACCAAGGUCGUUGACAAGCAAUCCUGGGAAACCUUUGCUGUGCCUCACAUCCGGCCAACCUGCGGGUCAGAGAAUUGGCACCACAAAGACGUACUCUUCGAGAUUGGUGAGGGCAUCGCCUACAUCACACUGAACAGGCCUGAGGCGAACAAUGCGUUGAACGAGACCACAUCGCAAGCUCUUCAAGAUGCGACAUGCGAGCUCCACAUGCGCCGGGACAUCCGCAUCGUGGUGUUGCGAGCCGAGGGCAGCAUGUUUUGCGCUGGCGGUGACCCGAAGCACUUCUUCGAUGCCUUGGCCAUGGCGGAAAGAGAUGACCGGAAGGCAGCCAUUGGCUUCAUGAAGUUCCUCUUCUGGUUCCAGAGCCUCCCGCAGUUCACCGUCGGGCUUGCACAGGGCUCUGCCAUGGGCAGCGGGAUCGGCCUGCUGUGUGCAUGUGACAUGGUCCUGGCGGCAAGCGCGGCCCGUUUCACUUGCUCAGAGGUGAAGUUGGGCUUCUGCCCGGCCGCCCUGGCACCGUUCGUCACCAGGAAGGUUGGGCCGGCAUUCGCCAAGCGUUUGCUCUGCAUGGCCGAAAAUAUUUCUGCCGAGCAGGCAAAACGGAUGGGCCUCAUUUCCGAUGUGGUGGAAGAAGAAAGCGAAUUCUCCGACUACAUGAAAGACAUCUGCGAGAAGGUGACGCUGUGCGCACCUACGGCCGCUGGCCGCGCCAAGCGCUUGGCGCAGAACGUCAGCCUGCAGCCGCUGACCCGCAAGUUGUUGGAAUACACAGGGGGAGAGCUAGCAGACAUCCGCAUAGGAGAGGAGGCCAUCAAAGGCAUGGUUGCCGUUCAGGCGCGUGUGAAGCCCUACUGGGCUGAGACCCCGAUCAAGCCCUUGUACUGA